UUUUGCCCUCAUUCGUCACGUUGAUAUCAUACCCACACCCGCAGAGUACCAUUUCUCCUCCUUCACUCCCAUUACAGUGUACCCUGCAUUUUUAUCGAUCGAAGAAGAAGAAGAAGAAGAUGGGGACCUUAGGCAGAGCCAUAUACUCCAUCGGUUUCUGGAUUCGGGAAACCGGCCAAGCUCUUGAUCGUCUCGGCUGCCGCCUCCAAGGCAAUUACUACUUUCAAGAACAAUUGUCUAGACAUCGAACUCUUAUGAACGUAUUUGAUAAAGCUCCUGUGGUUGAUAAGGAUGCAUUUGUUGCCCCCAGUGCUUCAAUCAUUGGUGAUGUUCAAGUUGGAAGAGGUGCAUCUAUUUGGUAUGGAUGUGUUUUGAGAGGUGAUGUAAACAGCAUUAGCAUUGGAUCUGGAACUAAUAUACAAGAUAACACCCUUGUGCAUGUGGCAAAGUCUAAUUUAAGUGGGAAGGUACUACCAACUAUUAUUGGGGAUAAUGUCACUGUAGGCCAUAGUGCUGUUCUUCAUGGCUGUACUGUUGAGGAUGAGGCUUUUGUUGGUAUGGGAACAACACUUCUUGAUGGCGUUGUUGUUGAGAAAAAUGCCAUGGUUGCUGCUGGAGCCCUUGUAAGACAGAACACAAAGAUACCUGCGGGAGAGGUAUGGGGAGGCAAUCCUGCAAGGUUUCUGAGAAAGCUAACUGAUGAAGAGAUAGCUUUUAUUAUGCAGUCUGCCACCAAUUAUUCGAAUCUUGCACAGGUUCAUGCCACUGAGAAUGCUAAGCCUUUUGAUGAGAUUGAGUUUGAGAAGGUUCUCCGCAAGAAGUUUGCUCGUAGGGAUGAAGAGUAUGACUCAAUGUUGGGUGUUGUUCGUGAAACUCCACCUGAACUUAUUCUUCCAGAUAAUGUCUUACCAGAUAAAGCACCCAAGGCAAUAUGAGCUACUUUUCAUGAGAAACCUAGGUUGAAGAGGGUGUAUGAUUUGUGUAUAUAUGCAUGCAAGGCAACAAUGUUGCUGCAAAUGAGUGGCUGCUUUGGACAUAACCAGAAGAACUGUCGAAGCUUUAAAUGCUUGUAUGAAAGGUAAUUAAAUUGUGGGAGGAGCUAUUCUCAGGGUGAAUAGAUUGGAAAGUAAAUAAUGGCAGGAGCUAUUCUCGGGGUGAAACCAUAGAAAUACCCCAGGCAGAUAAAAAGAAGGGAAAGAUUAAUGGGAACUUGAGAGGUUAGUUCUGGCAUUUGUUGUGGUGUGAUAUCAAGUUUUAGUUGGAAAUUUCUGUUGGGCUAGGUGGUCAGAUGCAAGCAACUUUAACUCAAGUGACCCUGCGAUACUUCUUUCCUUUCGGCCUGGGUCGUUCCUCCUUAUUCUUCACUAGUGUGUUUCCUUGAUUUGUGUGUGUUAUUUGCUUUACCUGUAAAUACAAUGCCUUGUAUUUUUAGUAAAUUCAUUAACUGUGUGGAUCAUUUAUGCCA